UUCGGUUGGGCAGCAUGCUCGCGGGACGGAACGCAGCUGUCAGCCUGCUUGCGGCACAGCCAUUCUCGCUUUCAUCUCGAAACUUUCGUCCUUUGAGGACCUAUCGAAUGCCGCGCGCAUUGACGGCGCGUGCGUUGGGUAUGUUGCCGCUUACGCCCGUGGUCUAUCCGCAUUCAGUCGACGUCACCGUUGGGCUACCCAGGUUCCUGACUCAACCCCCUGAAACCCGUUGAAUCUUUGGUCCUUCACGAUAAUGCACAAAAAGGCCCCACUUCCAGGCGCUCAUCAAACAAAAGAUGCGUAGCAGAGAGUCAUGAUCCUAGAAGCACUUCCCAUGAUGUGACACCGUUUGAUAACACGAACGCUUCGCGAACAGCGUGGGGUUCCCCUCAGAAGUCAUGAACCUAGCUGCAACUUCGCAUGAUCCUAGCAGCCUGAACACGGCACACGUCGAUCAAGGACUUUCCAUGUUCUUCCAUCAAGUGAUGUUCAGGGGCCGCCAUGGGCAUCAAACCAUCCCAGAAAAUCAAUGCCGAAUGGCCACGAGCUCAAUAUGUCGGCCCCACGGGCAGGGCGAAACUAGGCUCAAGAGACGCAAGACAUAUGAUAGUGGAAAAUCAUGCUAUGAGCAUGUGUGCUUCUAGACUAUCUGUGGG